UUAUAUACGACUUUCCCUUCGCUCUGCUUGGUUCGAGCCCGACUAACACGCAUGCUUGAAACACUUGCCUGGAACAUCGCUAAGAAUUUUCUAUUUAUAGUGGGCAACACUUCUGUAGAACAUAACGUCUACUACAGCGUGUAGUAGAGCCGGUGACAACUCCUCUCUCUCCACAGAGAUCAUCCUCUUCGUUGCACGUGAUUGUUUUUUUUUUUUUUUUUUUGCACGUCGAACCGAUUUUUUUCCUUUUCCUCCUUUUAUUUUUCGUUUAUUUAUUACUUCCUUAAACUGGAAGAAUUCGAAAUUAAUAGUAACUCUAAGAAAAUGUCAAAGAAAAAAGGGAAAUUUAAAACUUCCCUAACGGACGAGAAUAUACCUAAGACGAAUUUUAAUUCGCUGAAUAGGUUUCAAUUGUCUUUAUUGAACAGUGGUCUGUUACCCGCUGCAGAAGCCGAAAAAGCUGAAGGAUUAUUGCCUUCUAAACCCAUGGAGUUUUCUAAGUUUGCCAAACACGUUGGUCUCUUAAGAAAAUACGACGUGUUGCUCCGCAUCGAAUUCCAGGUUGCAACCAAAGGAGAAUCUCACAGCAUCAGGCAUGCUAGUAAAGAAGCCAAUGAAAUUAAAAAUUCACAUAAAAAACUUCUACCAUAUGAUUACAAUCGUGUUGUUCUGGAAAAUUUACCUGGUGUUCCUGAUUCCGAUUAUAUAAAUGCAUCGUACAUAGACGGUAUAUUAAAACCAAACGCAUAUAUCGCUACACAAGGUCCAAGUGAUGAAACGACAGCUGAUUUCUGGAGGAUGGUUUGGGAGAAGAAUACUUACAUUAUCAUCAUGUUAACUAAAGUUUUUGAUUUUAUUAAGGUGAUGUGUGUACAGUAUUGGCCCAUGGAUGCAGAACAUCCGGAAACAUACGGAGACGUAGAGGUUCAUUUGAUAAAAGAAGAUAUGGCAGCCAGUUUCUGGACUAGAAAAUUCAGAUUAAAAAAGGGGGAAGAAGAAAGGGAAAUCCACCAGUUACACUUUACUAACUGGCCAUCUCAUACAUGCCCCUUUUCAACUACUCUUCUAGAAUUUCGAAGGAUUGUUCGCCUUUACAUGAACCAACAUACCGCUAUGGGACCUGUCGUGGUACAUUGCAACGAUGGAUGCGCUAGAACUGGUACAUACAUCUGUAUCGAUGCCAAUUUGGAAUUAGCAGAAGAAGAUGGUAUGUACGACGUGUUUAAUUAUACUAAAAGGUUGAGACAAGCACGAAAAGGAAUGGUAGAGAGCGUCGAGCAUUAUAGAUUCAUUUAUGAGGUUUUGAUGGAGGCUCACGAAUAUGGUAUAACCUGGUUUCCUGUGAGCGAAUUAACUCAGAGAAUGAAGCAAAAAUCUAUAAAGAGUCCAAUAACUAGACAGAACGAAUAUCAGAGAGAAUAUAACAAAAUCGUUAAGAAAAUCUCCAAAUUUACCAUUGGAGAUUGUGCUGGAGGGCACAGGAUAGAGAACAGAGAUAAGAAUCGAGAUAUAACUACGGUACCGCCGGACAAUUUCCGACCUUAUUUGACUACAUUCCAAAGUAAUGAAACAACCGAUUAUAUCAACGCAGUCUUUGUUGAUGGUUAUUUGAGGGCUAGAGAAUUUAUUGUUACCGAAUGGCCCGCAUUGAGGACCGUACCCGAUUUCUGGUCUCUUGUGUACGACCAUGAUUGUAGCUGCAUCGUACUACUAGCAAAUCCUCCUCCGUCUAACAACUAUCCAAUGUUUUGGCCAGGGGAGAGAGAAAAGAGGAAGAAAUUUGGUCCAGUCUUCACUAUUGACGUCGUAUCGUUUAAUCACUAUUCGAAUAUUAAAUCUUGGAUAUAUCGAGUUACUAAAAAGGUCGUUUCUUUAACGGAAUUGAUGGCCGGAGUGAAAGGGGAUACAAAAACGACACAGUUGUUUCAAAUCACAUGUUGGCCACCCGGUCAUAAAGUCCCUACGUCGACCAAUGCUAUAGUUGAGGUGAUGAAUAUGGUGGAGAGAUGGAGACAGAGAACGAGUUAUGGCCCCGUAGUGGUGGUGUCCACAAACGGUAAAACAAGAUGCGGUGUUUACUGCGCGGCUAGUUUCGCUAUCGAACAGGUGAUAGAACACAACGAAGUAGACGUAUUCGGAGCAGUCAGAACAGUAAGACGUCAUCGUCCUCAGCUGGUGGAGAAUAUGACUGAAUACAAGUAUUGCUACGAUUUAGUACUGCAUUACGUUUUAAACUAUUUGCAUCAAGAAUGAAGAGGAUAGCGAAUCCUUCGUCGAUUCGUCUGUUGAGUUAAUCUGCCUCGGAGAACGCAGAUCUCUGUUAAUAGUGUAUCGCGUUUGCACAUCAUGAGGGGUAGAUAAACGCAAAAAUCUGCGAUACUAAAAGCAAAUAUAUCUUCCCAAAUUACCCUAUCUUAUCCAUCGUCCUUUAAACACAAGAAGGAAUACUAGAAGUGGAGUAAUGAGGAGAACACGGCAAUAACAAUGGCGGUUAACACUAUAAUUAACAACUGCCACGUGUCAUAAUCGUGACUUCAGGUAUUUUUUUCUCUUUUUUUUUUACAUAUAUUUAUUAGUGUUUUUCGCACACACUCUAACACAAUAGAAUGCACAUGCUUUACUUAGUUAUCACACAAACACUACACACAUAUACGAACUCACACAUACACACACACACAAACAACACAAGAAAAUUUCCAGUUUAUCAUCUCUUACUCUGUCAUAUCCCACGAGUACAAAAUACAAGUAAGUGUAUGUGCAUCUGCUAUUGGUACACGCAGGUAUAAUUUUAUAAGAGAGAAAAAUGAUGUCUUGAAGAGUAAAUAAGUAAAUUGUAUAUCAUGAAAUAUAAAAAAAAAACGGAUGGAAACCAUAUCAAGGAAUGUUUAUAAAAAUUAAAAAAAAUAAUAAAAAAAUACGACACUUUAUCGUUUGAUGAAGAUGUAUUUUGUGGAAUCGCUAACGAAUAGCGACCUUUUCCAAUAUUUUGUCCUACCAGAGAGAGAGAAUGUAUAUAAAAUUAUCGUUAUAUACCGUGUUAAAUGUUGAAAAAUAACGAAACAAAUUCGAAAGAAUCGAAAAAAAAAAAAAAUUGAUUUGGAUAGUUUGUAUGGAUGCCAAUGUAUAGUGUACGUUGGAAUAAAACAGUUUUAUAGUUACAGAUGGUGCAUCAAGGUCUGAUCUCACGCGUACUCGUAAAAAUGGAUCGCGUGUUUAUCUUAAUUAAACUGGAGAAAAACGCACAGUUUCAUUUUUAAGACGUUUACAUCUGUUAAAAGAAUGGUUAUUUUUAAACUUAUCCGGCAAUGAAAUUUAUUCUUGCAUUUCAACUUUAAAUAUUUUAUCACGAACAACCAUACCGGGAAGAAACAAAGCAAAAACAAAAAAAAAAAAACAUCCAAUUUUAAGUGUUCAAUAC